ACGUAAAGAGUAACUAUGGCGACCUGGUCAGCUUGCUUUCUCUGCCUAGUACCCAGACUCUGUGAGAGUUUCCUUUUGACUUCUUGGUUGCAUGGCGUUUUGCACGACAACAUGAAUUUGGGUGCAAUUUUGUUUGAAAAGACGAGGCAAGCUCCAUCGCCGAGCAAAGACUUUCAUCAGCUUCUAGUAACAGAGAAUCAAGUGAUUCUAAGAACAUGGCGGAUCUCAAUAAGAAAAGACCAACGAUACAUUCCACCAAGCCAGCGAAAAGUACCAAUCGAAGAAUUUGACGAUGACUCCUUACUUCAGACAGACAUCAACCGUAUUUUUGGUGAAGACACGCUCCGUCUUGUACACAGCAUAGUAUGUAAAGACUGGUUAGCCCGUCUUCCUCAAAAUGUCCUCAUUCAUUUGUUGUCAUUCCUCGAUCUUGUCGACAUUGCAAGGCUAGGAUCAGUAUGCAGGUCUCUUCGGAAAGUUUGCUCAAGCGACGAGUUAUGGGAGAAGAUUUUCCUAUCCCAUUGUGACACCAUCAACGACGAAACUCGAUCCCUAGCAAAGGAAGUCGGUUGGAGGAAAGUGUUCUUUACUAACAAACUGCAGCUUCAGGUUCAAAUGAGACGACGUAAAGAAAGAAAUAGCGCUGAAAUGAAAAGAAAGAUAACUCCAGCUGAAGAGCAGAUCCCACUAACAUUUGUCACUCAGUCAAAUGGCAACUACGAUCACUAUUAAUCAACUAUUAACUGGUGUCCAUUGAGUUUUUUUUGUUUAAGCCAUUUUCUGUGAAGGUACUUGAUUUGUAACCAAGUUAGCUCUAAGUUAUUAGUAAUAAGUUAAUUGGUUUUUCAAAACAUGCUCGUAGCUAAGAGUUAUUUGUUGCGUUGUAAAUUAUAUGGAUGGAUAACUUUUGUCUGCAGAGAUACCAGAGACAUGCUGAAAUUCUUUAAGGGACCCGUGUAGCAUACUUUAACAAACUGGUCAGCUUUGAAAUUCAAUUUCAGAAGUAAAGAAGGUCACAAUGCUGGUUUGACAUGGAUAAUUUUGUUUAUAUGUAUACAGUAAUUUGAGUUUUAUUUUGCUACAAAAAAAAACAAAAACAAAAAC